AUGGCUAGCCCUACAGUUCUCUCGUUCGAUUCUGAGGGCCGCCCGAUUAAGUUUGAUACCUGGCUUGAUGAUCUGCACCUGUUCCUCCAGCUCACUGCUAGAGAGGAUAUCUCGCUGUACGAUCACGCACUAGGCACAGUCCCUGCUCCUGCUACUACUGCUACCGCUACUGCUCGCUCGCAGUGGCAGACUCGCGAUGCCCACGCCCGCUUUGCCAUUCGCAACUCCCUGCCAGUCGAUGAGCGUGAGCACUUCGGCCAGCAUCAGACUGCGCAGGCCCUGUACACUACUGUAGUUGCGCGCUACUCCUCCCCGGCCUCAGCUGCACUAGGCCGUCUCUCCCUUCCCUACCUGUUCCCCGACCUGUCCGCUUUCCAGACAGUCGCUGACCUCAUCACUCACCUCCGUACUAGUGAUGCCCGCUUCCGUGCAGCCAUGCCCGCUGAGUUUCUUGCAUCCAACCCUCCCCCGCUCUGGCUCACUCUCUACCACCUAGUCACCCGCCUCCCUGACACUCUGCGUACAGUCAGGGACCACUUCCUAGCUCGCUGUCCCACUGAGCUCACCAUUGCCGCCCUAGAGAAGGAACUACUUGCAGCUGAGAAGAGUAUUGUAGCUGUAGGUGCCUCUCGUGGCGACCCCCGCACCCCUUUCUUCGAGGGGUGUUCCCCCUCCCCCCUCCUCCCCUCUGUCGCCUCUGCUGCUGCUGUCGACCUUCUUGGUGCUGAGCAGGUCGGCUCUGCGUCCGCUCCCAGCGGGCGCCGCAGCGGCAAGGGCAGGGGAGGCAAGGGCGGUGGGGGUGACGGCGGGGGAGGUGGUGGUGGGGGUGGUGGCAGCGGCGGGGGCGGUGGCGGGGCUGGAGGGGCUAGUGGCAGCGGUGGGGGUGGUGGAGGCAGCGGCGGCGGCGGUGGCCGCGGUGGGGGCGGUGGUGGUGGCGGCAGUGGACGUGGCGGCGGCAGGGGCGGUGGUGGUCGUGGUGGAGGCGGCGGUGGUGGUCGUGGAGGCUCUGGCACUGGCCAGAGCGCGCAGCACCCUCAGUCCUCCCAGGAGCUUCGUGAGUGGUACUUACAGCACGGGGGUGGGGGGGGUAGCCUUAGCUGCACGUACGUCAUCCGCACUGGUCGCCGCAAGGGACAGACGUGCGGGAGGGCGCACACUUCGCAGCGCUGCUUCUCUCGCCUAGAUGACGCUUGGCGUGCUCAGUUUCCUGACGCUCCUGAGCUUCCUCAGUGGGCUGAUCUCCUCAAGAAGGAUAUUGAUAUCUAUGCUCUUGAUUUUGAUGUUAUUCUCAAAGCAAUGUAUGCAUUGACUAUUAGUGGAGAGGAGGACCAGUACCUGAGUGUUCCGCCUGACCCAGGCAUCCGCACGAGUGAGGCUACCGCCCUAGGUGCUUGCGUGUCUGCUGCCCCAGGUACUGGUGAGGCUACUGCUCUAGGUGCGUGUGUGUCCGCCGCCCCAGGUGCUACUGAGUCCACUGAGGCACUGCACACCUUCACUCUAGACUCAGGCGCUUCGCGCUGUUUCUUUCGUGACCGCACUGCUCUUGAGCCCCUUGCUCGACCAGUCGCUGUCUCGCUCGCUGACCCCUCUGGGGGUCCGGUCAUUGCGACCUCCUCCACCCUCCUUCCUUGUCCUGCUGUCCCGUCGGGCACACUGUCAGGUCUCCACCUCCCCUCGUUCUCUACGAACUUGGUGGCGGGUUGUGCGCUUCAGGAUGGGGGUGUUCACCAGUUCACCCCUGCCUACGAGCGUGUGACACACUGCACGUGUGCUCGGACGGGCCGUCACCUGGCUACCUUCACUCGGCAGCCGGGGUCGGACCUGUACACACUGACCACUGAGUCCCCUCAGGUAGCGGCGUCUGCGUCUGCGUCUGCGUCAGGUCAGCUGUCUGCCCCCUGCUCGUGUCGCUCUCUAACGCACAAGACUGUCCUCUGGCACCACCGACUUGGUCACCCGUCAGUGCAGCGCCUUCGGGGCAUGCACGCCCGGUACCUUGUCUCUGGUCUUCCUCGGGUACUCCCUCCCCUCCCACCCUCCCUUGCUCCUCCCUGUCUUCCCUGUGUCGAGGGGCGGCAGCGCGCUGCCCCUCACUCCUCCUCGUUCCCCCCGACGACUGCUCCUUUGCAGACGCUCCACAUGGACGUGUGGGGCCCAGCCCGCGUCCGUGGUCAGAGCCAGGAGAGGUACUUCUUGAUCGUCGUUGACGACUACUCGCGCUACACCACGGUCUUCCCCUUGCGCACCAAGGGUGAAGUCCCUGAUGUUCUGAUCCCCUGGAUCAGCAGAGCACGUCUUCAGCUGCGACAGCGUUUUCGCUCGGAGUUUCCUGUUCUGCGCUUGCACUCUGACAGAGGUGGCGAGUUCUCCUCCGACCUCUUGGCAGCCUACUGUGCCGAGCAUGGCAUUCGCCAGUCGUUCACGCUCCCGGCCUCUCCACAGCAGAAUGGGGUUGCUGAGCGCCGCAUUGGCUUGGUCAUGGAGGUCGCUCGUACCUCCUUAGUCCACGCGGCUGCCCCCCACUUUCUGUGGCCGUUUGCGGUCCGGUACGCUGCGCAUCAGCUCAACCUCUGGCCCCGUGUCUCCGCUCCGGAGACCUCGCCCACACUGCUGUGGACGGGGGAGGUUGGCGAUGCGUCUCGCUUCCGUGUCUGGGGAUCCCGAGCUUUUGUUCGCGACACGUCUGCGGACAAGCUCUCCUCCCGCACUGCUCCCUGUGUCUUUCUUGGCUUUGUCCCGGAUGCUUCUGGCUGGCAGUUUUACCACCCCGCCUCGCACCGAGUCUUCCCCUCUCAGGACGUCACUUUUGACGAGUCCGUGCCCUUCUACCGCCUCUUCCCCUACCGCACUGCCCCGCUCCCUCCCCCGCCUCUCUUCCUCGCGCCAGGUGCUGCAGUGGUAGACCCCCUUCCCCCUCAGGGUGCCGCUCCCUCAGGUGUCUCUCAGGUAGACCCGGUUGAGACUGCCGAGGUAGCUGUCGACUCGCGUCCUGCUGGAGGUGCUGAGCCUGAGCGUGCGGAGCCUGAGCGUGCGGAGCCUGAGCGGGCGGAGCCUGGGGGUGCUGAGUCUGGGGGUGCUGAUCCUGGGGGUGCUGAGCCUGGGGGUGCUGGGUUUGGGGGUACUGAGCCUGGCGUUGCUGAGUCUAGGGGUACUGCGCCUGGAGUUACUGAGCCUGGGGGUGCUGAGCCUGGUGGUGUUGCAGUUGACUGUGAGGCGCCUGGAGGACCUCCCUCUUCGCAGCAGCUGCGUGAGUGGUACUCACGGUACUGCAGCCUCCGGCGGGGUGAGUCUCGGGCUCGUGGUACUGCUGGAGUUGGUACUCGUGCUUCCCCACCACGGCGGGAGCCGCCCUCUUCCCCUCAGCUUCGAGAGUGGUACGCUCGGCACAUCAGUCUCCGUAGUGGAGCUGCUGGUGCUGGGGUCCCCGGAGUUGACGCUGCUGCGAGUACUACGGACCCUGGUGCUGGAGGUGCUGCUGCUGCUGGCGGUGCUGCUGGAGGUGCUGCUGCUGCUGGCGGUGCUGCUGGAGGUGCUGCUAGUACUGAGGACCCGUGCGUUGGAGCUGCUGUGGGUGCUACGGACCCUGGUGCUGGAGGUGCAGCUGCUACUGGCGGUGCUGCUGGAGGUACUGCUGCUGCUGGCGGUGCUGCUGGAGGUGCUGCUGGAGGUACUGCAGACCCUGGUGCUGGAGGUGCUGCUGCUUCUGGAGGUGCUGCUGCUGCCGCUGGUGUCUCUGCUGGUUCGAGAGCUGCUGCACGGCCACGACCGUACUUCGUUCCGCUCCUUCAGCAGGUUCUUGGUCAGCCUCCUCCUCCUUGUUCUCCUCUCGCCUUAGAGUGUCCGCCGUCUGUCCAGUCACAGCCACAGUUACCGCCUGCCUCACCACUCCCUGUGCCUGCUCCUUACACUGGUCCGACUGACGGUCUUGCUGAGAGACGUGAGCCUGCGUCACGUCCUGUGUCACCUGCGUCUCGUCGAGCGUCGCCUGUUCGAGCUGCUACCACUGGUAGUCGUGUCCCGCGUGAGCGUCCUCCUGCUGUCCCAGGCACGCACCGGAUGGCGCUUCGUCAGUCCACUGCUCCGCAGCGUGUUGCUCUCCCGUCGCCUCCUGCGUCCUCUCUUCCUGCUCUUGCUGACCCGGAGUCAGACUCCCUUCGCGCUGCCAGUCCUACUGUCACACGUCUCUUGGCUACGGUUGUCACUGACCCUUCCUUUGAGUCCGCUGCUGCGUCUGCCCUAGUCACUGAGCUUGUCGACUUUGCAGCGGCGUGUCGUCUAGACUACGCAGCGAGUCUUGUUGCUGAGUCUGAGUCUGCCUGUCCUCCGUCCGUCGGGGGUGAGUGUGCUCUUGGCACGGACGUCCUUGAGGACAGGCAGGAGGAGUUUGGUUGCCUUGCCGCUGCUUUGCCCCAUCUCGUGUCCAUGCUUGUUGCCCCUGAGGGAGACCCGGAUGCACCAGACAUCCCGACCCCACGCUCUUACGCAGAGGCGAUGGCCGGUCCCUACUCCUCUCAGUGGCAGUCAGCCAUGGACACAGAGAUGGCUUCCUGGAAGUCCACAGGCACCUACGUCGACGACGUUCCCCCACCUGGGGCGAACAUCGUCAGUGGCAUGUGGAUUUUCAGGGUGAAGCGGCCGCCAGGCUCUCCGCCUGUCUUCAAGGCGCGUUACGUUGCACGAGGCUUCAGUCAGCGAGAGGGAGUUGACUUCUUCCAGACCUUCUCCCCGACCCCGAAGAUGACCACUCUUCGGGUUCUGCUACACGUCGCCGCUCAGCGUGACUACGAGCUCCACUCUCUUGACUUCAGCACAGCUUUCUUGCAGGGCAGCCUGCACGAGGAGAUCUGGCUGCGCCGCCCACCUGGCUUCACUGGGUCGUUCCCUCCUGGCACCCAGUGGAGCCUCCGGCGGCCAGUCUACGGUCUCCGCCAGGCGCCGCGUGAGUGGCACGACACACUGGGACUACACUUGCGGCUCUUGGCAUACCCUCUCAGCAUCUUAGCACGCUAUGUUGCUCCCGGCCGUCACCGGAAGGAGCACAUGGAUGCAGCUAAGAGGGUGUUGCGCUACUUGUGCAGUACGUCGGGCAUGGGGCUAGUGCUUGGAGGGCGAGACCGGCCUGUUCUCACUGGGCACUCAGACGCUUCUUGGGCAGACGACCAGGCUACUCAGCGGUCGUCUCAGGGUUACACCUUCAGUCUUGGCUCUGGCUCUGUCUCUUGGCGUUCUACUCGUUCUUCUUCUGUUCUCAGCUCCAGCUGUGAGGCUGAGAUCUACGCCACGGCCAUGGCUGCCCAGGAGCUUCGCUGGCUCACCUACCUGCUGACUGACCUUGGAGAGCAGCCUCGUUCUCCUCCAGUGCUGUACGUCGACAACAAGGCAACCAUUGCCUUGUGCCAGGAGCACAGACUGGAGCACAGGACGAAGCACAUUGCUCUGCGUUACUUUCUAGCUCGAGAGCUACAGCAGCGUGGUCAGCUUCUUCUGCGUUACGUGGCCACUGAGGCCAACACUGCUGAUGUGUUCACCAAGGCGCUUCCGCCUGUUGACCAUCAGCGUUUUUGCACUCUUCUAGGCCUUGUGCCGACUGUUUCUCACUUACUUACUUCUUGA